GCCGGGGAGGUCCACGAGAAGCAACCCUUCCUCGCGACCACCGAGCCCGUCCGACUGACGCCCGCCUGGGAGGACACCAACCUGCCCAACGACGAGCUCAACUUCAAGGGCGUCACCAUGGAGCAGGCCGACCUGGAGAUGAACCCUCCGAAGGACAGGUUUAACUUGGUUUACCUGACCCUUCUUCUUCAUGGGAUUGGGACUUUAAUGCCGUGGAACAUGUUUAUUACACCCAAAGACUAUUUUGUGGACUAUAAGUUGGGAAAUGGCACAUCUGCUGGAAAAGACUUUAAAUAUGACGAGGACUUCCUUGCAUAUAUUAGCUUUGCAGCCCAGGUUCCAAAUUUACUGUUUAAUUGGCUGAAUGUUUUUGUCCAGUUUGGAGGGAGCGUGACGACUCGUGUUGUAUGGAGUAUUCUUGUUAUGGUUUUUAUAUUUGUUAUGACAGUUGUUCUUGCAAUGAUGGAUUCUUCUGACUGGCCUGGAUCAUUUUUCUGGGUUACUAUGGUCUCUGUUGUCAUUCUUAAUAUGGCAAGUGGUAUCUAUCAAAACACUGUUUAUGGAAUGGGAGCAAAGCUUCCACCUAAGUACACUGGAGCUAUUGUUCUUGGAUCGAAUAUCAGUGGAACCUUUACUGCGAUUGUUAGCUUGAUAUCACUUGUGAUGGCUCCUAAUGUUCGAACAGCUGCUAUUUAUUACUUUAUCGCAGCUUUAUUGGUACUCUUGGCUUGUUUUGACACAUAUUUUGCUCUACCUUUGAAUCGCUUUUACCGUUAUCAUGAGUUGAUGAGCCAGAAGGAACUCCAAAAAAAGAAGAGAGAGAACUUGGGAGCUGUGCCGAGGACACCUUUCUUUGCUGUUUUUCGAAAGUGCUAUCCUCAGUGCCUUAAUGUAUUCAUGGUCUUUUUUGUGACAUUGGCGCUGUUUCCUACAGUCCAAUCAGACAUAAAACGUUCGGAUCCCAACUUCUUUAUUGAAGAGCGAUUUUAUCUAUCCGUACUCUGUUUUAUUACUUUCAAUGCAUGUGCAAUGAUUGGUAGUUCCCUCUCCACAUGGGUUCGUUGGCCUGGGCCAAGAUUUCUUACUGUCGCAGUAUGGCUUCGUCUUCUGUUCAUUCCACUAUUUGCUUUCUGCAACUACCUACCAAAGGAUGAAACAAGAACAUUCCCCAUAAUAAUUAAAAACGAUUGGGUGUAUUGGGGAGUGGGUAUUGUUAUGGGUCUCACCUCUGGUCAUUUUAGCUCACUUGCUAUGAUGUACUGUCCAAAGAAUGUAGAUCCUCAGCAUCAAUCAAUAGCUGGCAUGUUGGGUGCUGCCUUCCUAGUAACUGGUAUUUUCUGUGGUAUUUUGUUUUCUCCGGCCAUCAAGUGGUUUGUUACAAAUGUGUCAUGGGACAUUGAUUGGAGUAUCUAGAGUAAGCUUGGGUCCUUUCUGGGAUUUUGUUAAUCUACAGAAAGGACCAGCUGGCCCUCAGGGGCUGCAGCUUUAACAAUAGAUGUGUAGAUCUGAGUAAUGGAGAUUGUCCUUAAUUAUUCUCUAAAAAUUGGUCUUCACAAAAAGCAGUGUGUAGUGCAUUUGCAAUUUGCACCCAUCACAUACGCACUUUCAAAAAGGACACCACUUUCAUAUGAGGACUGUGACUUUAAAUCAACACAUCUGAAGAAAGAUACCUAGUUACCAGGACAAUGUGUGUUGAUGAUUUCAACCAUCAAGUGAAAUUUUAAGAGGGUUGUUGCCUCUUAUAAAUGAUUAUUUAAUGAGCUUUUUACUAAAUGAGGAAUGUGAACCAUGAACCUUGUGGCAUAACUUCCUUAGAAAUUCCUAGAGCAAAUCUAGGAAAAUCUUACUCUUUUAUCUGUUUAAUACUUGGCAUUUUUAAUUAUUUUUUUUUGCAUAAUAUAAUAUUUUAGCUUUGUCAAAGUUAUGUCCCUGGAAAUAACUUCUUUUUUUUUAAUAUUUUUUUACUUAACCUCAACUUUAUAUAAAACUGAAACUGCCAAGGGUUUCUUCUUUUACUGUGUAUGCUGGAACCAUAAGAAAGCAUAUCUUUGCAUAGUUAUUUCUCUUUACUUCUAAUGAGCUGAAUUGUUGUUACUGUGUUCUGUUAUCAAGCAGUGUGUUCAUAGUUUUUGUUCACAUCUUUGUCAGGGACCUGUAACCAGCAGGGUUUUGUAUGGCUUUGUGAUGCACAAUAUUUACAUUUAUAACCUAAUUGCGUGGGCGUUGAUACAUUUAUGACUACAGGUAUCUUAUUGAGGACUUGGAACUAUGUGGUCAUUUCUGAUUGGAUGCAAAUCAAUACAUGGUACUGUAUCACAGUGCAUGAGCAGCUCCUGAAAUUGUCUGUUUACCACUAUCCACGAUUGCUUCUGUCAUUCAGUCUUGGCAUCUUGUUCCUAGACAAGUUUUGGACUAAACUUAAAUUGCAAUGUAUCAAAACUUUUGUCUGAGCUUUCAUGAUUGCUUGGAAAACCUUGCUCAACUUCCUGCAUCACUGCCAAAUUGCUGUACCAUACUUGAGCUUGUGAAAAGAAAAACGCUUGAUUAAUAUUUACAUUACCUAUACUAAAAUAGAAAAUUAAAAUAAGUAAAUUUAGAACCAAUGUGUUUGGUUCACUUACGCCCUGAUUUUCUUAAUUUUGUUAUUGAAAGUGCAUUAUUUUAAAUAUAUCACAAAGUGACGCACAAAAUCUGCACAAUAUAAAAUUAUAUUCUAAUUAAUGUGUAUAUUGCACAUUCACUGUACAAAUGUCUUCCCCCAAAGUUUUCUCAAUGCUCUCUCUUCUCUCUUUGCUGUGUCACUACAGCAUUGUUGCUAGAUCUGUUUCAGCAACUUGUUGGUUUACUUCAACAGUCACUUAGAUUCGUAAAAUUACAUUGUUUGACUGGAUAAUUAUUCUUUGUUACCACACAUGUGGCAUACCAAGUAAAAUUAUUCUGGCACAAUAGCUUGUUGCUCACAUCAUAUCUGCGUUACUUAUUACAUUGCCUGUCACCUGCCUUCUUUUGUCUCCUGCCAGACGGGUUACUUGUCACAAAUUGUUAUCUUUAUUUGAAUGAAGGCUAGUAAAGACUGAACUUUCAAACCUUAAAAAGUACAACGCUUAGCCACAAAUUGUAUUUAUGUCACAGAAGUGGCACUGUAUGUAUAUCAAGAUAUUGAGCUUUAUUAGGGAAGGCAGUUAACAAUGUCUUGUUUGACUGUAUGUCAGGAUUUUUGCUUAUUUACCUAAAUAUUGUGUAAGUACUCUACUGUUGACCUCUUGACAAUUUUUAACGGAUUAAGCAGUGUAAAUUGUUAACAUAUUGUCUUCUUGGCACAUUACUAUUAUUAUUACCGUUAUUAUUUUUUGUAUAACUGUUGUCUGCUAUAUUUCAAAACAUGGAGCUUCUUGAUCAUUUUUGAUCUCUUUGUAGAAAAGUCUUCAGGGUGUUAAUGUUUCUGAACUUAACUAUUUUAAUAACCUUUUUUAUUUAGUGCUUGACUUUUCUCUGCUGUGAAAUGUUGGCUUCCUUAUGGAUUGCCUUAUAGCAGGCAAGCUUGUGCAAGACAAUUUCAUUGUAAGAGAAAUAUGUGACAUUAAAAAGUGCCAGUCAGUGUUGUAUUAUACUACAGCAGAUUGAGUGGGAACAGGUGCAUCUAUAUGCAUCAAUACAGUAUAAUGGGCAAUCAUAGAAAGGAUCAAACCAGAUUUUACCGCCUAAAUUGUUGUGGCAGCACAUCUUCUAUUGAAGAUGACUAUAACAUAAACUAUAAUCUUGGCUCAAAAAAUAAAAUCAAAAUAGUGCAGUAGUACCCAUAGCUGUUAGCUCAUCUACUGCAGUCCUUCCUAGUACUGCUUUCAAGAUAAAAUGAAUUAUUUUCCAACCAAUUAAUUGUAGAAAAAAAAUGGUAGAGAGAUUGAGGAGAACUUGACUAUUCACCACUCUAGAUUUUUACCCAGACUUUUAAUUUCUGGUUCAGUAAUCCAUUGGCUUUGCCAAUUUUGUAUUUUUCAGAGACAAUAAUUCCUCUUCUGGAGUCCUGUAUUGACUCCAUAACUAUUACCUCCUGUUCUAAAUCUUUCAAACUAACGGUUUGAAUUGAAUAAGUAGAUGCUGAAAUGUGUAUGGUAUGUUAAUUCUUAAUCAGUUAAUCACGAGCCACUGCCAAAUUACUUAAUGCAGGUAGUCCAUUUUCUACAGAGUGUAUUUUGUAAUCCUUCUUUUUUCUUUAAAUCCUACAUUUUGAAAUUGGUUGUUAUGCUGAUACGUUUGUAAAAUUUUGGUUUAGCUGAGCUACGUUUUUGAAUAACUCUAAACCUAUGAGUACUGUACUGUAUUGUGAUUUCUAAUACUGUUUGUGUAUGCAUUUUGAUUGCAUACUUGACCUUAUAGUUGUGUUGAGCAUUUACUUCAGAGACUAUUUUUUAAAUUAAGUGUGUUAAGGUGUGUUAAAUAAACUUAAGAGUUGCCUUUUGCCAAACUAUAAUAGAGAGCUUUUAUUAAGCCCUCGUAAACAUGCUUGCUGUUUGCUUUUAUGUUAUCUGAUUAAUUCUUUUUUAUCCCCUUACACAAUUUAUGAAGAUUUUGUUUGAACUAUGGAUUACUACAUGCAAUUACAAAACGCUUUUUGUGGCAGGAUCCAUCCCUAAGUUCAGAUAAAAUCCAAUCGAGGUCCAGAAAGUAUAAAUUUAUUAGUUUUAAUUUUUCUUAACUAGAUUCCGUCUUUUGUUUAUAGUGGUGGUGCAUGUCCUGUACCUUGCUAUUCUGAAAAUGAUAAAAGAUACUUAAGAGAGCUACUCGAAAUCUGUCUCCUUUAUAGCUGUGUGUGCGUGUGCAAGUGUUGUUUUUUUCCCCCCCUCUCUGUUUUUACUAAGCUAGGAAAGCAAUGUGUUUGUUACAAAGAUUGGCAAAAUAUUUGUCCAUUUGUCUCAUUUGUAAUAUGAGAAUCUGUUAUGUACUUUAACGUUGGUUGUCAUUUGAAAAGUUUGUUAUACCUGUUGUCCCUGUGCGGUUUUGAGCCCCCAGUCAUGUGGUUGUCGUAACCAUAAGUCUGGUCAUGUUGUAGGUUUCAUUAUAUGCCAAAACAAAAUGUUUAAUGAGACUGAAUUGUUGGUGUAAGCCUUACCACUCAUGUGUAUUAUUUAUUACCUGUACAUAAUCUGGUUAAUAUCAAUAAAAGGUGAUGUGAUACAUAGAAA